GUUUACAGUAGAGUGAAGCACGUGUGUGCAGCUUCUCUUCAGUUACUGCCUGUCUCUGAGUACUUUUCUAAUAAACAUCAUGAGAGUUGUUGCGUUGAUCAGUGGCGGUAAAGACAGCUGUUAUAAUAUGAUGCAGUGUGUGUCUGCUGGUCACUCUAUAGUGGCACUCGCCAACCUCAUGCCUGCUAAACAUGUUGUUUCAGAUGAACUGGACAGUUACAUGUAUCAGACUGUGGGGCAUCAGGCGGUCGAGUUGUAUGCUGAAGCGUUGGAUCUGCCGCUCUACAGACGCACUAUCGAGGGCUCGAGUCUGGAUACCGGACGAGAAUACAGCCAGAGAGAUGGAGAUGAGGUGGAGGAUCUUUACCAUCUGUUGAAGCUUGUCAAGGAAAAGGAGAACAUUGAUGCGGUGUCUGUGGGGGCCAUUCUGUCUGACUACCAGAGAGUACGAGUUGAAAAUGUGUGUGCAAGGCUACAGCUCCAGUCGCUGGCGUACCUGUGGCGCCGUGAUCAGGCCGUGCUGCUCAGAGAGAUGAUAUCGAGUGACCUUCACGCCCUCCUCAUCAAAGUGGCGGCGUUCGGUCUGGAUCCAGAGAAACAUUUAGGAAAAUCACUGGCGGAGAUGGAACCAUAUCUGCAUGAGCUUUCAGAGAAGUAUGGAGUUCAUAUCUGUGGUGAAGGUGGCGAGUAUGAGACCUUCACCCUCGACUGUCCGCUCUUUAAGAAAAAGAUUGUCAUUGACUCCAUGGAAACCAUCAUUCACUCAGCGGAUGCUUUCGCACCUGUCGGAUACCUGCGGUUUACACACAUGCACACAGAGGACAAAAGUAAUGCCUGUGGCGUACGGUCGCCGGUCGUCAGUAGAUGUCCUUGUCAGAGCCGCAUUGACAGUCUGACAGAAGAGCUGGAAUAUGCUGAUAAAACGACUGCAGAUCUGCCGAGAGACUGUCCGUCACACACUGAGCACUGGAGUCAGAGGGAGCUGGAUUGUGUGCCAUCACACUCGGUCAGGAGUUCAGUGGGUUACCAGUGGAUAACUGGUCUAACAGCUCUUCCCUCUGAACACCCCAAUGCCCAGAGUCAAACCCAAGAUGUUUUCACCCUCCUGGAAAGUGAACUGCAGGAGAAGUGUUUCCUGCUGAAGCAUGUUGUUCUGGUUCAUCUAUAUGUGAGUGAUAUGAAGAACUUCAGUCAGAUCAACUCUGUGUACAGCAGAUACUUCAAGCACAAUCCACCCGCCAGGGUGUGUGUUGAGGUGUCACUUCCUGUCGGUCAGCUGUUGCGGAUGGACGUUCUGCUUCAUGAUUGGAUGCUGGUGUCUGAGGAAGAGCCAUUUCCACAAAAACAAACGCUACACGUCCAGAGUCUGUCUCACUGGGCCCCGGCCAACAUCGGCCCCUACGGUCAGGCGGUGCGGGUGGAUGAUGCAGUGUUCUGUGCGGGUCAGAUUGCGCUGGUGCCCUGCCGCAUGCAGCUGGUGAGUGGGUCUGUGGCGCUGCAGUCUUGUCUGUGUUUCACUCAUGUGGAGCGCGUUCUGGCCGCUGUGGGUUCAAACCUCACGCUGCGUCACGUGCUGCAGGCACAACUGUACGUCAAUCACCGCAAACACAUCGCUGACGUCACUGCGGCCUGGAAGAGAAAACUACACCACAUACAGCAGGACUGUGAUGGUGAACUUCCUGUUCAAAGCAGUAUUGCAGUCGUGCCAUAUUUACCCAGAGGAGCAGAAGUAGAACUGCACGUCAUCGCUGUUGAAGAUGAUCCCGCAGAACGAUCUUCCUGUCACAUGACCUCACAGAUAGCAGGCGGCACCAUUGAAUGGCAGCUGUUGCAGGCCAGUUGCGGUCGAUACGCCUCUCUGUCCAUGAGUGUGUGUGUGAAUGCAUCAAACACUGCGACGGAGCUCACAGAUGCGCUGGUGUCUUUAUUCCAGGAUGCUCUUGAGAAAACUGGGAAGAAUCUGUCUCCUCUGUGUGCAAGAGUUUUCUAUAAAAGCAGCGACACAUCAGUCACUGAGGUCAUCACAGGGUUCGAGUGUCGCUUGAGGAGCGUUCUGGAGCGGUCCAGUCCUGCUGUAGUUCGAGUCCCUGUUAAAGAUCUGCCGGACCGUGUUCUCCUUCAGUUCUCCUGCUGGCUCAGUGUGUAGAAUUCUCCAGAAGAACUCAUGAGUGACUCAUGUUGACGUCAAACUGAAGAAAAUCGAACACAGUGUAACAUCUGUGAACAUGUUCAAAUCACAGUCACAGUGUUGACAUUAAUGAGUUCAGGUGCAUUACUAGCGCACAGACAGACACGGGGACAGAUUAUCAGUGAAUACUUUUAACAUGCUUUUUUAAAAAGCAUCCUGUGGUUGCUGUUUACUUGCAUUGAAUGGAAGAGACACUCUGUUGUUCUUUUAUAUUCUCCCAUCUGAAAGAUAAUUCCCAGCCUUCAGAUGAAUGUCUGGGGUCACACAGUCUGUCUCUGCAGGAUGUGUUAUUACUGUGUUAUUAUUGUGUAAUGGGUUGGAAAUGUGAACGUCUGAUUGCUUCUAUUGAUCUGGUGAAACUCUGUUUAAUAAAAGAGGACUGAUCUACACAGCGCUGACAACUUUACAAACUGAGAGAGAGACGAGUCUUUGUCUUGAUAUACUGUAUAUGAUAUUUACUAUGACUCUCCAAACAGAGCAUCCUUAUUCCUGGGAGUGAGCAGAUAGAUUGGUCAAUACAUAAAGCUGUCCAAGAACAUAACACCAAAUAAAAAAGUAAUCACUGUGGCAUCAGUUCAACAUUUGGAAACAGCACAGUUCAAUGACAGCCUUCGUCACACAGUUCCCACAGCGAUGGAAAACCUGGAAAUAUCAGGGAAUUUUAAAAUUGAGAUUUCCAGGCAUUGAAAAGUCAUGGAAAUGUGUAUAAUGCAUAUGCAUGUUUCUAGUGUUUCUCUACACUAAAAGUACCUCAUUGGCAGGAUAUUGCUCUUUUGUAGAUUAAAACUUGGUCACAUGCCAUAGUGAUGUCUGAUUUGUGAACGAAUUGUUCCUUUGACCCAAAACGGUUCACAAGUUGGUGUGAAUGAUGCAUUACUACUGUAAAUCUGUAUCCAGUAUCACAAAUGACAGGAGAUUCAGCAGGACAAUAACACUGAAACACAGACAACACAACGCUGACAUGAGUUUAAAAGAAGUUGAAAUGUGACCCUGUACAAAUCUGGACUAAAAAAAACAAACAUUUGAGCUCCACAGAGACGGAGAAGAGAUGAAAACAAAGAAACUAGAAAGUCAAACACACCUCUCCAUUUUUAGAGAGUCUGAACUGAGAUAUUUCAGAGUGUUAUUGUGUAAUGUAAUCAUUUAACUUCUGCUGUGGUAUAAUGUCAAUGACGUCAUAUUAAUUCAGUUUUGAAGGACGUUUAUAACACACAGUUAGAAUAUGAAGGAAAUUCAUCUCUGGAUCUCUUGAUUCUGUGAAUGAAAACACACGUCUUUAUCUAUCUUCAUAUAACAGACAUGCCACAGAUAUGAUAGUUUUACUAGGUUUUGUUUUUUAUGUAUUUUUACGCUCUGAGCUGCUGUCUGUCUCACAUACUCACAAUAAUUCAGUGCCACAGACAGAUAAAACAUCAGCUGCAGCAUCACGUCACCACACACUCAUCUCUGUGUGUUUCAAUAAUCAAGAAAUAUAUUCAUUCAUUCAUUUGACUCAUAUGUAGCUUAUGAAGGUUUAUUCAGCCUGUUAGGUCAUUAUUAGUGCUCAUAUGGAGGAUAUCUGUGAUGUCAGUGUUAUAAAGUUAUUCAGAGAAAAUAAAUGAUUAGAGAUGUUGAAUGUGUAUGAACUGUAUUCAGUGGAGUGUGUCGCCCUCAUUUGGUCGCUGUGAAUGAUUCUCUUUAUAUUCUGGAUUAAUGCACAAGUUUAAUGUGUUACAUGGAUAUUUUAUUAUUCUAAAAAUGUUCCUUUGCAUUUGUUCGUGCUGUCAGUUUGUGUUCAACAUAAAAAUGGGUCAAUAAAAUA